CUCCCUCCAUCAUCGCUGCCCUCCCCGUCUCCCCCUCCCAUCCUCUCUUUCUCCGUCUCUCUCUCCCCCUCUUUCUCUGAAUUUCAGGGAAAAGAGUGUCUUCUGGUAGCAGUAGACGGCGAACGGCUGGACUUCAUACUUAAGAUGUAGAGGCUUUUUUUGACAGCGUAAACCGUCAGAAAUAAGGCGUUCAACCUUUGGCUGAUUUUUCUGCUGGAUGUACUGAGAUAAAAACAAAAUCAUGGAUCUUUCCUUUAUGGCCGCGCAGAUCCCUGUAAUGACGGGCGCCUUCAUGGACUCGCCUAAUGACGACUACAGCACAGACCACUCGCUGUUCAACUCCUCGGCCAGCGUGCACGCCGCAGCAAUCGCUGCCAACAGCCAGCAGGAGGAGCCGCAGCCCAUGUCCAGAGACGCCAUCUGGCUGUGGAUCGCCAUCGUGGCCACCAUCGGCAACAUCGUGGUCGUCGGGGUGGUCUACGCCUGCACUUUCUGACUCCCGCGCCAGCUUGCGAAUCGCGGGCCUCCUGUUGAGGCCUGCAGUCGGAACUGAGACUGGAGGAAGGAUGCGGCUGCUUCAGACAUUUUCCUACUUCACUAAUAAAUUUAAUUACUUUUUUUUUGAGGUCAUUUAAUCCUUUACGUCUUUUUAAACUUUUAAUUGGAAUUCGUUCAAAGACAAGGGGGAUACUUUUCACUUUUAAAUUUAACUAGUGAAGAAGGUAGCAUCGGUGAUGUUAUCUGUAUUUGAAUAAUAGAAGUUUAAAUAUGAAUAAGUGUAUAUAUGUGGGGGGGGGGGUAUUCUACAUGCAGAAAGUGGCCUUCAGUUAACCCAACGACUGAGGAUAAAUUACCCAGCCUGAUUUAAAUAAAAUAUCAUUGUGCUACAAACCCAUGAUGACCUAUCAUCAGAAUGACCACAGCUUACUGCCACAGGGGGGUGAGAUAAGCAGGGGCCCUGAAAAGCGGGGG